AUGAAACAACAAGUCUCUUUUUUGGCUAAAAAUACUUUUUCCAGGAAUAUAAAUUCAGAUGAGGUAAAUGAAAUCCAGGAUCGAUCAGGUUAUGACAUUUUCAAUAUGGAUGGUUAGAAUAGAAAAAAAGAAAAGCUAUCGCCGAUAAUUCAAUCCAAUUCUGGUCAUCAUGAAUCCUUGAUUCUACAAUAUGCUAAUCCUCAAUAACUCAUCACUCCUAAAAAUGAGAAUUUUACUCAAAGACUUUAACCAAUCGCUUAGACUGAUUUAAACAAGCAAACAAAAUCAUUUCGUAAAUUGAUUGUCUAUUUCCAUCAAAAAGACUUUAUUAAAAGACUAUUGGCUCCACAAAAAUUAACAUCAUCUUUUACACUUAAACAUUUCAAUUUGAUAAAUGAUUUAGGAGCAUCCUUUAAAUAUUAAGUUGGUAGAUAUAAUGAAAACUAAAAAAGCUUGAUUCAUUAAUAUAUAUCACUUAUUGAUAUAAGGAUUUAAUUAAGAUUAAAAUUUAGAACCAUAAAAACUUAAUGCAAGCAUUAUUUCUAAUACAUCCAUAAUCAAAUUCCAUUAAUUGAACCGAUGAGUAAUCUAAAAUUUUUUUGGGAUUUGAUAUGUUUUGGCAUUAGAAUAUAUUUAAUUGUCAUAAUUCCAAUACUAAUGGCAUUCCACCAUUAAAACUUCAUUGACUAACAAUAUGUUCCAUUAAUUUUCGUUUCGAUUGCUUUAAUUUUUGAUAUCAUUAUAAGGGCAUUUACCGUAACUUAUGACUAAGGAUUACCUGUAAGAGAUCGAUAUUUAUUAUAUAAAAAAUAACUGAAUUUCUCAACAUUAUUGGAAUUAUUUAGUUUUAUUUAUACUAUAAUAAUAAGUUUACAGUCCGAUAACAUUAUAGAGAAAAAAAUAAUAGGGGAUGGUUGGCCAAAAUUUAUAUUAGUUUUAUAGUACAUACAAGUCGCCAACAUAUUAAAGUUUAUAGACAUAUCUUAAUACUCCUUCAAGCUCAGCCGAAUGUCCACUUCAAUAGUAGAGUUGAUCAAAUUAAUAACAUUAAUACUGUUGGUUUAGCAUAUUUUCAGUUGUGUGUGGAUUGUGUUUGGUAUUUAAGGUUAAAAUACAUAAUAACAAUCGUGGCUAGACAAAUUUGAAUAUGACUAAUGGUCAUAUUAGUUUCUAUAAUCCUUCUAUUUUAUAUGUGUCACUACAUUUACUGUUGGUUAUGGGGAUUUGACACCAAAAAAUCCUCCUGAGUAAAUUUUUACCAUUAUUUAUAUGUUUUUAUGUAUGUUGUUGUUUUCAUACACAGUAAACACUAUAGGAAGUAUACUCACACAAAUUAAAGAAAGCAGUGACAAAAUCAAAACAAAACUUACAGCCAUUAAUUAGUAUAUGCACAAUAAGUAGAUUAGUCCUACAUUAUAAUUUAAAGUUCGAGAAUAGUUGUACUUCUAUCUUAAAUAAGAAGUGGUUCAAUAGGUGAACGAAUAAUCAGAAAUAAUAUCUAUGUUGCCCGAAGAAUUAUAACACAGCCUUAGAACAGAAGCAGCAAAAUCCUUAAUUUAUAAAUGUUCCUUCUUUAAUGAGAACUUUUCAAAUGAAAUUUUGAAUUAACUAAUGGAAGAUGUCAACUUUUAAAUCUUUCAGCCGGGAGCCACAAUUCAAUCAAAAGAUGAAUUCUUCAUCCACAUAAUUGAAUAGGGACAGGUUGAAGUUUUGUAUAAGAAAAAAUCUAUAUAAACUCUGGAAAAGUUUGAUUAUUUUGGACUUGAAGAAUUUGUCACUUAACAAUACAAUUCAAACUUUGUUUUCAAAAGUAAUGCUUUCACUAGUGUACUAUCUAUUCCUUACUCUCAUUUUCAUAAGAUUCUAUCUUAGAAUGAUCUUGAAAACUAAAAGUUUCAGAAUCUAUUAACUUCUUAACCAAGUAUCUAAAACUAUUGUUUCAUCUGUAAAACCAAGAGACAUACAACCUAAUUCUGCUCAUAGGUUCAUUUUAUUCCAAAUAGAGAAGUUGUUUUGAAAAGGUAUCUCUAUAGAAAAAAAUAGAAAAAACGAGUCAAGUAGGAUAGAAGAAUUAGGUAAUUGCAAUUGAAUGAGGUGAAUAUAAUAAAUGGAGAAAAUUAGAGUAAAUAAAUCUAAUUUAAAAAUGCAUGUUAGAAUUAAAAAAAUGUAGAGUUCAUAGUCAAUAAAUUUUAAGUUGAGAAUUAAAUUGCUUUAGAAACUUUAUUUCCAACAAUUGAAUAACCUGUUAGUGUAGAUAGUCAGUCUGAAUCUGAAAACGAAGAUCCUGAUGAAGUCAAAGAUAAUAGUUUUUCAUAAUAAUAAUAGAAUUCAAGGAGAGGAAGCAAAUAAAUUCCUCCUAUUUCAUCUAAUGAUUUGUGUUAAUAUUAAAUCUUAGAUAAAUUAAAGAAAGAAAAAUAAAAUAGAUUUGUACCACAUUAAUAAGCAUAGUUAUAGAUGUCUCAAUAUGGAUAAAUUAAUGCAAAUACCAAUAUUAAUAUUAAUAUGAAAUAGUAACUUAGAAAACUAUUAUUAUGUAAACCUGGUUUAUUUGAAUAUUAGGAAUAAAAAGCAUAAAUUUAAGAAUUAAACUUUUUUAAUGAUUUAAAACAAAAGAUGAAUAAUUUACAUUUAUUUCCUAAAACUGAAUAGACAUAAAUAGAAUUUUGGUAUAAAAAGAUAGUAAACCUUAAAGAAGACUUAGUUGACAUGUAAGAUUUUGAAACAUUGAAAAAUUACGAAGUGUUUAAUAGGCAAUGGAAUGCUGAUUUAGUUGUUAAGAAAUUAGGGAUCAAGCUGAAGAAAUUUAGAGGAUUUAAAAAACUUAAGAGAUAUUUGUUAUUUCCAUAUCUUUAUGUUAAUAAAUAUUUAGAUAAAAAGGAUUCAAAUGAUCAAAAUAAACCAGUAGAAAAAUCAAAAAAGAAAAGACCUACAAGACCUAAGGUAAUCAAAAAGACGAGAGUUAGUCCUAAAAUCUGA